AUGAUCAGCGAGCAUCCCCUGGCUGAUGCGUUCAACGACAUAGAUACCAGUGAUCUAUGUUUUUCUCCACACAAUUCGCAUUGGAUUCCGGAUUUAUUUGAGGACAUUCAAGAUGGGCAACUUUCCCAGGAUGAUUUGUUAACGGAUGCGGUGUCCGAGAUAAUGAAAUUUAAGACGGAAAUUCCCGACUUACAACUGGAAGAGGGAACUCCAUCCCCAACAGACUCACCACAGCCAAAGGUUGAAUCGCCCGGAAGUCAUGUUCACGAAGUUGGCCAAAAUGUGGAGAUAGCUCAGUUUCCAGCGUGCAAAGAAGAGUUCGAUGAGUUUAAAACCACACUGAAUGUAUCGCAACCCGGUGAUGUAAUCACUCAACGCUCUUUAUUCCGAAAUCAAAUUGCGAAUUCUGUCACCGCGCCGAACGGUCGUGUUCAUUUCAUUGUUCGUCCGAAUCCCUCGGUCUCCUUGGCAAGUAAAGGAAAACUAGGAAUCGAUAAUCCGCUUUAUUGCAAUAUUCGAAGGUUAACUCCUGUAAAUAACCUGAAGAAUCAGAAUGAUAAUACGGAAGUCAGAGCCAAGUCAGUUCCGACUCCACAAGUGGUCGAUCAUCUCGAUUCAAGUCUCCAAUUGAGUUCACUCACUACUCGCAAUUUACUCGAUCGGACAGUCCUGCCUCUCGGGUUCAUUCUCGUACUCGAAGUCCUAUGCGAGUCGACCGCUCUGAUGUAA